AUGGCGUUCUUCCUCAUCUGUCCCCGUUUCAGAAAAUACUGGAAAGGCUCAGACUCGAAAACAAGGCACUCUUACAAGUUAGAUCCGGCUAAACCGUCACCAGAUGGCGAUUCAGAUGGGCAUUUCAAAGACAGAGAAGAUGUCACACGCCCUGGUCAUCCCAGACGCUCCUCCGGUGGCUUGCCCGAUAGACUUCGUAGACGUUUCUCCCGAGAAGCCAGAGACCAGCGUGUAAAGCCAAGGAAUGAUCGCAGAAAGUCUGGCUCCCCUGCCUUUCCAUUCUCUUCUAGAUUUGCCAGUCCUAGGGAAAGAGUAGCCACUCCAGAUGAGAUUGGGAGCAGCUUCAUGAGUGAAAGAGGAUAUGACAGCGACGCGCAGUUUAUAAGCACUCCCAAGCAGGUUAGCCAUACCAGAGACCAUCCUUCUAAUCCACGCAUUCUUGAGGAUGCUGCUGUCUCUCCUUUGAGGCGCGAGAUGGCCCAGGGAAUGCCAUAUGUGCAAGCCCAUGGUCAAGACCUCGAAGACCUGGAGAGUGCACCAUGUGCGAAUCCUACUCUAAGGGAAGAAUCGCAAUCUGCUCUCCGUUCGAAAAGCCAGGCGUCUUGCAUGACCCAAUCUUCCCAGGUCUCCUCCAUCUUCCGUGGCACAGAUGAUGGGAGCCGUCGAGUCAGGGUUGCAAGGCCUCAAAGAGGCAUGGCGGGCAGUCCAGUUCAAGGCAAGAUAAGAAAUGGACUUGCCUAUCCAAAACAACCAGGAUACCGGCCUCCCCUUCGAGCGGCUUCGCCUGAUCCUGGUAUACAUGGCUCGGGUUAUUCGAGUCCAGUAUCUCCGGUGCCAUUCUCGUAUACCACUUCUGCCGACUCUCUGGUUGGGCCAUCGCAGAUCUCGGUCAGGAAACGACGCCGGCAACCCCCCGUGGGCCCUAUACCAGACAAAUGCUCUGUUCAUCUCGGUGACUCAAAUAUCCCGACGACCUUGGCGGCCCGCUCAACGUCUCCUCAUAUGCUAUCUCCGAAACAAUCAUUCGAUGAAAACCGGUGGGCCAGCAAUACCGGGACGUGGAACGCACCCCAGCCCUUUCACGACUUCUCUGGGUUUGGAGCAGGAAAAGCACCAGAUACUUACGCAACAGGGCCAAGACCUAGAGGUCCGGUGAACCAGGCGUCCUCGUGCUAUUCUCAGAAGACCAGCCUGUCACCUACAGGUGAUCCGGUCGGCUCUCUAGAUAGACGGAUCCAGGAUCGGGCUAUCACUAUACAACCUCAAGAACCCAAUGCUUCUUUUAGUUGUUCCCCUCGAUCAUUGGAGUUGUCCCGGGUGAAUUCUCAUUAUGCUCCCAUUGCAGACCAUGAUGCGGAUAAAGCUGAAGCACAGAAAAGCAGAUUUGCCGAGAGAUUCGAGUCAGCCCGGUCACUCAGCUCUCCUGCACAUGGCCAUAACGACGCGGAUGCGGACCUUGCAUCGCCUCGCAAGGUGAGCGUUGGAUGGAUGUCGGGAGGCCGGCGACUCGGUUACGGAUACGCUCUGGUUCCUGCAAAUGACGGAGCCGAUGAACCUCCAAAAUUUCUCAAUCACAUUGGUUCCAGUGUUCCAGAAGCGACAGCUUCCCCUAGAGCCGGUAAUCCCAGCUUCGAGCUAUCGAGCGUUGUGAGUCGCAUACGUCUUCGCAGCUUCUCUAGCGCGUUUAACGAAGGCUUGGGUGAACAGCUCAAAUCCUCAGUGCUAGAGAAAUUCUCCAAGCGAAAGAAGGAGCAGGUCGAUCCGGUUGCAGACAAUAUUGCUCAGAAUCCCUGGGACUUUUGCUCUUGGGUAGACCCAAACCAGCCUUCGAGCGAUCAACAGAGUGGACAGAAAAGCUCGUCAGUCUCGACCAAAAGUACCGAGGGGCGGCCUUUGGGUAGAUGGGCGACGUUGCGUCGUACAGGGACUUUGUUGACCAAGGGCCGCAGCGUGUCGGCGAUUACGCGCGGACUUGAAGCCAACUUGACUGCGAGGAUGACCAGUCCAGCCGGGCGAUACCCUGUGGCACGAAGAAAGGAGGGCCGCGUCCUCAAGUUCAAGGUCCUCGACCGUAAAAAUAGGGCUAAUAGUGCCGAUGAUGACGUGCCUAUUGUCUCCGCCGAAAACUUGCAUGGGACAGCCGGCUCAGAUGGUUUUCAGAACAAGGGGCAGGAACACGACCAACAGACUGUUCAGACAGGCACUCACAGGACGAAAAGGGAGCGGCAUAAUUCUUCUGACAAGACCGGUUCGGGGUCGAUCACAGAUUAUUGGAAAAGCACCUACCAGGACUGCCAAGAAAUGCUUGGGUACUAG